ACAGCCUGCUGUCUGGACCCGAGCCAGUCGCACACAGGCUGAUGUUCACGUGGCACAGCACAUAAGAUCCUGCUCUCUUUUCUUCUCGCCCCUGUCUCAUGGAGUGUGUAUCCGGGGAGACUGAACCGCACCCCUGAGCCGCCGGAGGGAUUGGCAGAGAUUCAGUUCUCAGGAGGAGGUUGUCUCAUCUCCUCUCCUUUUAUACAUCAUCCCUUUAUAAUAACCGUCUCUACUGAUCGGAAUAUUCACGAUGUCUGACUCAGAGGAGUUAACGGAGUUUGGGAGCAUCGUGGAGCGGAUUGAAAAGGGAGAGGUCCCUAUAAAGAACAUCGAGCGCGAGCUGAUCUGUCCCAUUUGCAAAGAACUGUUCACGCACCCUCUCAUCCUCCCUUGCCAGCACAGCGUUUGUCACAAAUGUGUCAAGGAGCUACUUAUGCUAAACCAGGACGAUUCGUUCAGCACGGACGGCGGAUCCGAGUGCUCGAACCCUGGAAGUCCUCGAUCCAGAGUUCCCUCUCCCAGCAUGGAGAGGCUGGACAGGCUGGUCCGAUCAGUGCCAUUGCGGCAGCAGCAGCAGGCCCCAGCAAGCCGUGCUGCAGAUGCUGCCUGCUCCUCCCCUUCCCGAGCACCACAGCGCAACCCUGGCCUAAGAUCUGUGUCAUCUUCCCCCGGCUGGAGGCGCUCCUCAGUCACUCCCCGUGUCACCAGCUUCCCCUGCCCCGGUUGCCAGCGUGACAUUGAACUUGGCGAGCGGGGCAUCAGCAUGCUCUUCCGCAACUUUACACUGGAGAACAUUGUGGAGCGCUACAGGCAGGCGGCCCGUGCCGCUGUUGCUAUCAUGUGCAACGUGUGCAAGCCGCCUAAUGUGCAGGAGGCCACCAAGAGUUGCAUGGACUGCAAGGCAAGCUACUGCAAUGAAUGUUUUAAGCUCAACCACCCAUGGGGGACGCCCCGGGCCCAGCACGAGUACGUUGGGCCUACUACUAACUUCAGACCAAAGGUGUUGAUGUGUCCUGAGCAUGAGAUGGAGAAAGUUAACAUGUACUGUGAGGUGUGUCGCCGACCUGUGUGUCACCUCUGCAAACUUGGCGGUUCUCAUGCUAACCAUAAAGUCACAUCCAUGAGCAGUGCCUACAAGGUCCUGAAGGAUAAGCUAUCAAAAAGUAUCCAUUACCUAAUUAGCAAAGAGGAGCAAGUGAGGACUCAGAUUUCUGAGCUUGAGGUCUUGAUUCACGAGACUGAGGAAAACGGACAGCUUGCAGAGAGACAAGCACAUGAGCACUUUGAACGUCUAUUUGAGACUCUGCAGGAAAGGAAGACUGAAUUGUUGCGGUCCAUUGAACUGUCCAGGAACCGGCGUCUGGACAAGCUCAAGAGCCAAGUGGAGGAGUACCAGGGCAUGCUGGAGAACAGUGGUUUAGUGGGUUAUGCACAGGAAGUCCUCAAAGAGACUGACCAGUCCUGCUUCGUACAGACCGCUAAGCAGCUCCAUGUCAGGGUUCAGAAAGCCACUGAGUCACUAAGGACCUUUCAGCCUGCUGCCAACCCUUCGUUUGAUGAGUUUGUCCUGGACACCUCAAAGGAAGAGUCCUUGCUGAAAGACCUUUCCUUUGGUGGAGUUCCUGAUCCUCCUAUGAUUGACCUGUCUCAGAGUCGUGUAUAUAACGAGGGCCUGAUUCACUGGAGGCUGCCAGAGGACUCCCUGCCCACGGACUGCCAUGUCCUCGAGUAUAGAAAAGUGCCUGCAAAGCAUGAUGAAGAGAGCCAGUGGCACCUGACUGAGCGUAUGCACGGCUCCAGCACAGUGGUGUGCGAUUUGGAUAGUGAUUGUCGCUAUGCAUUCAGGGUGCGAAGCUCCCGCAACACCAUUUACAGCCCCUACAGCCCUGAGGUUUCCUUUCACACACCUCCUGCACCAGUGUUCGGCUUCCUGUUCAAUGAGAAAUGCGGCUACAGUGCAGAGCGUCUGCGGUUGAGCAAGAGGAAAGAUUCUGUGGAAAGCAUGGCUGGCAUGGCUUUCCUGUUGGCUGCUGAUCGCGUCCAAAGUGGAAGUUAUAUCUGCCUUGACUACAUCAUCGGUGACACGGGCAUCUCACAUGGCCGUCACUACUGGGCAUUCCGUGUGGAGCCAAGCUCUUACAUGGUGAAAAUGGGAGUGGCUUCAGACUCGAAGUUGAGCGAGUGGUUUCACAAUCCCCGUGACACCAGCAGCCCAAGGUAUGACCAUGACAGCGGACAUGACAGUGGCAGCGAGGAUGCAUGCUAUGAGCUCUCACAGCCCUUCACUCUGCUCACAGCAGGCAUGGGCAAGCUCUUUAUUCCCAAAGCAUCUCACACUGCAGCUGCGGGAGACCAUGGCAGCCGUGUUCUGCCUCUGCCUCAGCGAAUCGGUGUCUGCCUCGACUACGAUGCCAGUCGUGUCUUUUUCUACGAUGCUGACUCGAUGCGCUGUCUCUACGAGCGUCAGGUAGACUGUUCUGGAACCAUGUAUCCGGCAUUCAGCCUUAUGGGGGGCGGCGCCAUCCAUCUGGAGGAGUUUAUCACAGCCAAGCGUCUCUCUUACAUGUGAUUGUGUCAGCUGAUCUGCUGAUCACUAAAUAUCCUAUUCUGUUAGUUUAUUUUGUCCCUGGCUUCACAAGUUAUAAUAUGUAGCUAUCUGUACUAACACUAUUUCGGUGCACUAUUUCAGUUUAAAAGCCACAAGUAACCUGAAAAACCCAUGGUUCAGUGCCUUUUAGGAGACCAACUAGGCAGGUGUUUAGCUUAUAAUGUCAGCACCUAUAAACAUCAGGGUUUGAUAACGGUUACAGAAAUGCAACAUAACACACUAUAACCUUAAUAUAAUGCAAAGUUUCACAGAUAUCAUCUAAUUGCCGCUUACAUGUGAGCAAUUUAAUGAUUGUCUGAUGUUGACACUAGCAAAUACCUGUGCACUAAUAAUAACUGGCUUUGUAAACUGUUCUGAUUGUAGAUGUACUGCUUGAGAAGCCUUUUUUUUAUUAAGAAAAAGAUGAGAAUUGUUUCAGAAUAAUCGAGAACGAUCUAAUAAAUAAUUUGCAGUGAAAUGUAAUCUUUUCCAAACAGUCUGUCUUAAGACACCGUGAAAGCAUUCGCUUGCAGUGGAUUGUAACAUGUACAUGUGAGGACACCUUAAAGUCAUGAUUAUGUAAUUGAAUUCAGCACUGAACAGCUUUUGCAUUUUGAAUGUACCUUAUUUUUUUUAAUACAUACUAGUAUUUGAUUCAUAGCUGUGCUGCUAGGUUUUAAACAGGGUACGAGUACUAACACUGAUUCAGAAAGUGAUUGGUUUUAUAUGCACCAUCACAGCCAGUGCAAAAAUGACAAGGAAACAAAAGAGACAGCCUUAGUGAGUGAUUACAGAUUUGCUGCAACAGAAUAACUGGUUAUAAAGGGACUUAACUGGUGUCGCAGUGAAUUAAGUGGGAUUGCUAUGUGAUUCCUCAGGUACUCACUCUAUGGGCUUUCUAAAACCUACCUCUUAGUCCUAUAAUAAUAAUUGGCACUGGUUUUAUGCUUGGAUAAUUUAGAGGUGGUAUAGCAUGUGCCUGUUCAUUAAACCUCAAAGGGCUUGUUCAGCAACCCUAUGAGUUACCAAAUCAAAGCAUCAAGGCUUUUAAAUUCUUUUUUAAUUUCAUUGCAAACUUUUUUUUUUUAAGAUCCUUUUUUAAAUUUCAAUGCUUUUUAGUGCUUUCCUACUCAAUGGUUUACUGUUUCUUUUUUUCCUAAUUGUAGCAUAAAACCUUUUUAUUAAAGGAAUUUUUGUUUUAAUGAAAGCAUUAUUACAUAUGACCGCAGGUCUCUCUCUUUUUUUUUUCACUAAUAUUUAAUAUAUUUUAAGUGUUGUCCUGAUUGUCAGUAAAAUUCUGUUUGUUUGUGAUAAUUAAAAUAAUCAUGUAAAUGAUGGUAUUGUCACAUCAGGAAAUGGUGAAAACAUGGUAUGCUCUUCCAGUAGUUAGUUUUUACAAUUUAGACACUAAUUAUUUCUGAUCACAUUUUUUUUCCACAGUGGAUUCAAAGGAGAGUCUAUGCACAUUAGUUUCUGGCUUGUGUUUUUUGCAAAUUAAAAUGUUUGUCACAGUGUAAUAGUAACCAACUAAUAACCAUUUGGUUCCUUGUACAUGUUAAGCUGUUCGGGCUUUAGGUGGGGAAGAUGGUUCUGUUUUCACUAAUCACUUUUUGAUGUAGUGGUGGAGUAUUAAGAUACUGUGAGCUAUAGUUGCUUAUUAAACAGGACAUGAUUUCUUUUAGUGGUCAUUUAUAAAUCAUCUUAAAGAUUGCACUUUAUAGCAUGUUAAGUCUCAUGCCUUUGUGCAGGUGUGUGUGAAAUAGUGUGCAAUAUAAUUUCCCCCCACAGGACGUACUGUACUCUUAAAAUGAGCUGCGGUGUGACGUUUGCUUUUUGUGAUUUUAAUGCUUUAAUGAAAAUGAAAAGCUGUCUGUCACCUGUAUCAAUGUUGUUUUAUUUUUAAUUUACCAUGUGGGGUUUGAUAUAAAAUAAAGGUGUUAAAAUUA